UAGGAGUGCACCUCUACCCGCCCUUCUGCCUCGCCUCAGUCCGUGCGUUUGUGCGUGCCUGCGCGGGUGUGCUUUUGUGUGCUAUUCGUGUGCGUGUACCUGUGACUCUGUGAGGUUGUCUCUGUGUGUCUACGAGCGCUCACACACACAGACGCACACACACACAGAGAGAGAGAGAGAGAGGGAGGGCCGCGGGGAAGGAUGAGCAGUGUGCUGCUGUAGAUUGAUCUUGGAAUCCGCCAAAAGUGAAAUAUUAUUUUUUUCCGUCGAAAGAGCAGUCUCCGCACUUGUCAACCAUGUCCAUCAAGAAGGAAAACACUGUGAAGCUGAUCAGUGCAGAGGGAUUCGAGUUUGUCAUCGAUAGGCAGGCUGCUAUGGUGUCCAAUACCAUAAAGAAUAUGCUGAGCUCCUCAGGCAGCUUUACUGAAACAGAACUUGGAGAAGUGAAGUUCCCCGAGAUCAGCACACCCAUUCUGGAAAAGCUUUGCCAGUAUUUCUAUUAUAAGCUGCGAUACAGCAACACAACAAAUGUGAACAACAUUCCAGAAUUCAAAAUUGAGCCUGAUAUAGCAUUGGAGUUGCUGAUGGCCGCAAACUUCCUUGAUGCGUAAAGGAGGCAGGCUGUCGUUUUUUCUCCUUGGUUAAGUUCUAAGCAGCCUGCCAUGAAGUCCUGUAUCCUUGCUGAAUGCUUCGUCCUCCCUUGCGGAAUCUGGUGUGCUUGUCAUAGGGUUCAUUGCUGAGAUACCCUAUGUAGCACUUGAGUCAGGCAUAUGUAGAUACUUGAGGCAGGCAGUGUUGCAGCGUUUACGAGAGCCUUGAUUGAGUGUUUGGUCGGUUGGUCGGUUGUCCACCGCGGAGCUUCGGCAACUUGGUUCCCCUCUGUGAGAGCUCUUCUUGCACUGGGAAGAGAGGGAUGGAAGACUGUGGGAUCAGCAGCCUCUUCUACCAAUGGCGGUUGUGCAGUGGUUUUGCAACCGUUCGCAUCUGCAUCCUUGUGCAGAAGUGUUUGGUAGUUCAUGGCUCAGGUAAACUCUCAGCCUGAUGGCAUGACAACCAACUUCUGAUUCUUUUCUGAUAGAAACGCUGGACACAGUCAUGGUUAUGGGUUGGUUCAACAUCACAGCGGACCCCAAGUUUGUGCCUGUGUAUUGGAAAUGAAGGGCAUGUUGGGCAGCUCAGUUUUUCAAUGAUUGCACUCAGUGUAUCCGCUGUCUAUUUAGCUGAGCUUUUGUGCACAACCUCCCAAUGGGGGUGUUCCCCGUGUGAUGUUAGUGUUACAUAUCACACACUAAAGGCGCAGAACCAAUCAAUUUCUUCAAUUUAUUUGACCAUUCUUAGUGUUCGUCUAUUAUGUUUAUGUAUGAUUUGCAAUUGCAUUAGUUCAUUGUUCAAACAGGAAUUUUUUUUCUCUUUUUCAUUUGGAUCAUUUCUCGACGUAUGUCUGUCAUCAUUGUGCAGGGGCAACGCUAAUCUUCUGUGUAUCGUUCCAAUUUUAACAGAUGUCCCAAAGGACACCAAACUGGAAUUCUUCUUUUUCUUUUGCUUUUCCAUAGCAGAGCACAAUGCUUCAGGAUCUCAACUGCUGGCAGAUCAAUACAUCUCUUGGAGGGCUAAUGACAAUGGUAUUCUUACUCCACAUGAAUAAAGUACUGCUCCACAG